AUGGAGACAAGCAUAAUUAUAUUAUUAACAUUUCAUAUUUACUGGUGCUUCAUUGUUGUGGUAAUUAUUGCUAAUCCUGAUGCAAAACGUUUGUAUGAAGAACUGAUUCAAAUACGUGCCUAUAAUAAAUUAAUUCGACCAGUCAAACAUCAUAGCGAACGAUUAACGGUUUAUUUGGGUCUUCGAUUAACGCAAUUACUUGAUGUGGACGAAAAAAAUCAAAUAAUGACAACAAAUGUUUGGCUUAAACAGCUAUGGAUGGAUGAACAUUUAAAAUGGGAUCCAAUUCAUUUCAACAAUAUAACCAACAUCUCUUUACCGGCUAGUGCUAUAUGGCGGCCAGAUCUGGCGCUUUUGAAUAAUGCUGAUGGUAAUUAUGAAGUCAAUCUAAUGACGAAAGCUACUGUUUAUUAUAAUGGUCGUGUUAUUUGGGAGCCACCAGCAAUUUACAAGUCGAGUUGUACAAUCAAUGUUGAAUUCAUUCCAUUUGAUAUUCAACAUUGUCAAAUGAAAUUCGGCUCACGGACAUAUUCAGGGGAACAAGUUGAUAUUGUUCAUAUCAAUCAAACAAACGGUUUUAUACCUGUUUAUGGCAAUAAUAAUAUAGCAUAUGCCAUUGACCUAGCUGAUUUUUAUCGCUCAGUUGAAUGGGAUAUAAUGGAAGUCCCAGCUACACGCAAUGUUCAAAAAUAUCCAUGUUGCCCACAAACAUAUCCUGAUAUAACAUUCUUAAUUACACUUCGUCGUAAAACACUUUUCCAUACUGUUAAUUUUAUAAUCCCAUGUGUUGGUAUAUCAUUUUUAACUAUACUAACAUUUUAUUUACCAUCAGAUUCCGGUGAAAAAGUGACGCUAUGCAUAUCAAUAUUAGUUUCAUUGACUGUAUUCAUUUUACUAUUAGCUGAGCUCAUUCCACCAACGUCACUUGUUGUACCAUUAAUUGGCAAAUAUGUAUUAUUUACAAUGAUUCUUGUUACAUUGUCUAUUCUUGUCACUGUUGUUGUCCUUAAUGUACAUUUUCGCUCUCCAUCAACACAUCAAAUGCCUACAUGGGUACGACGAGUGUUUCUACAUGUUUUACCGAAAUUAUUAUUGGUGCGCCGACCAAAAUCAAUUAAUCCACUAGAUCUUCAUCUAGCAACAAUGAAUCGCAAUUGUAUUAAACAAUCAAAUCGAAUGACAGCAAUAAAUUUUGAAUUGCCAUUAGUUAAUUUAGGUCGCUAUCAAAUACGUAAAAAAAACCUACGAUUACUUGGUGAGUUUGAUUCAAAUCAAACGGAACAAACUGAAUAUUCAAACGAGCCGCCACUUUGCCCGAAUGAAAUCAAACAAGUAUUCGAAGGUUUAAAACGCAUUGCAGCACAAAUAAAACUAGACGAUGAAGAAAAAACAAUUAAAGAAGAAUGGAAAUAUGUUGCAUUAGUAAUCGAUCGACUUUUUCUUUAUAUAUUCACAACGGCUUGUUUUGCUGGUACAUGUGGAAUCAUUUUACAAGCACCAUCAAUCUAUGAUUAUCGUAAACCAAUUGAUCUUAUUAAAUCAAAUCGUUUUUAA